GCAAUUUUCCAUCACCGUUCACUGUUCUUCGAUAAGUUGUCCGACCGCAUUGUAAAAUCCUUCGGAGGUACCAGACCAGGUCAAUACAUCAAUACAAAAACAGCUUCAAAAUGUUCGUCUCGUCAGCUGCCCGUAUUGCUCCAGUCGCCCGCAACUUGGUCCUCAAUGGAACAAAGGCCUACCUCCGACCAUUGAGCUCCGCCGUCAUCAGCCAGAGCCAGACCCUGGCCGCACAGAACAGCGCUCCAGUUGCUCUGCUGCCACAAGUCCGGUCAUUCCAGACUUCCCAGGUCACUCGUGAUAUCGAUUCGGCCGCGAAGUUCAUCGGUGCUGGCGCCGCCACCGUCGGAGUUGCUGGAUCCGGUGCCGGUAUCGGAACAGUAUUCGGUUCCCUCAUCAUCGGUUACGCCAGAAACCCAUCGCUCAAGCAGCAGCUCUUCUCGUACGCUAUCCUGGGAUUCGCCCUGUCUGAAGCCAUGGGUCUGUUCUGUUUGAUGAUGGCCUUCUUGCUGCUCUUCGCUUUCUAAGCACCACCACCACCAACUACAACAUCUUUAAAAUAAAGCGUAAUAAGAAACAAAAAAUCUUUUUAAUGCUCUUUAAAAGUAACAUCCAAUAUAAAUCCGUAAUAAGUAAAAUGAGAAAUGUGUGUGUCGCUGUCUAGCAACUUCAAAGAAAAAUUUCUUCGAAUCAAAAACACCGAGAGAGAGGCAAACGAAAACAACAAAAGUCGCACGAGGAUCGGAAGGUGUGCGCCUUUCUGCAAUAAUAAUUAUUGCGAUCGGCCCCCUUCCCGCAGCAAGAAACAGUAAGAGAGAAAAUGAUUAGGAAUUAGAUACCACGCCCUGCCAUCGAAUAACACUUAUUAGACCCUACGCGACUAUACUACGACGACUAGCCAUGAAACAAUUAUGCUGGAAGGUGGAAGUAUUAUCGAAUGCGUUCGUCGUUCCCCAUUUACGAGCAGCGUACUCCGAGCGUUAAUUAUUUCAUGGAAAUUCCUAGGCGAACCUCCGAAGAUCUAUCAACAGUCUGAAUUGAGAGAAAAAAAAUCGUGAAAAAAGUUAGGACAAAAAAAGGUAAAGCGAAGACGCUUGAGGGCUCUAGACGUUUGAACCGAAAUUGAAACUGCUGGAAAAAGCAUGCGAGAAAGGAUUUGGGCAAUCCACGAAACAUCUGUGAGCAAGAAUAAAAAGGGGAAUCUUUUAACAACAACUUCGAGAAAGCAGUCACCUCCACGGACGCGGCCUGCAAUCAGGAAAGCAACCCGCGCGCAUAAGCUCCCCCAUAACCGUCAGUUCAUCCAACAAACCGGAACAUUCCCCGCCCGGGACGCUUAAUUUGGGAGGAUUACGAAUCGUGGCCGGAUGUUCGGAAUAGGACGAACCUGGCGAGUCGGGACCCAAGCGAAUGUUCGACGACCGUUGUUUGCGUAAAGAGAUAGGAACUGUGAUAAUAGGAACCCGAACAACAACCCGGGGAUGCUUUCGUUGCUGCGUCCGUGGAGUGUUUCCAACUGAACAACACUAUCUUACUAGAAUAAACUAAGGGAAACGAAACAUACACUACCAUUAUUCGUUCUGCUUUUCAAACAAACAGGCAAAAAUUACCACAAACAGCGCCAGGGUAAUUGUAAAAAUAAGAAUCGUUAAUAAUAAUAAAAAACAAAAUGAAGACUAGUUACUGGUACAAAAACCGAGGAUAAGAAAA